AUGAAGUGUUCAUAUUCUAUUUUAAUAUUAUUAAUUUCCUUCCAAACAACUUAUAGUCUUUCAUGUAUUCCUGAUCAAGAAUUGGAAUAUUCGUUUGCAGAUUAUGAUCGUACACGUUUUGAGAAAAAGUUGAAUGCACUCAAUUUAACUAAAGUUUCCAUUAAUCGUAUGUGCGCAGUGUUAAUAACUAUGAACUAUGAAGAACAGAUUUUCACAUUGGACUGUUUUUCGACAACUAUUCAAAAUACUUCAAGUGAUGAUGAGUGUUCAUUUCAUACUGCAUUCGCAUAUGAAAAAGACAAGAAAGUCAUUCUCACAAAUGAAUUAGAACUGGCGUGUCGAGAUUAUGACGGUUGUCAAAAGCGUUUUAUAUUUGAUUAUGUCCCAUGGUUAAUUUCUGAAACAUAUACUGAUUUGUAUCAAGCAUUAAUGCCUUUUAUUGUUAAUCAUAAGCCAUCGGGUGAGUCAAAAUGGAAUUGUAUAUGCUCGAAUUUUCGGAGUUACACAUGA